AUGCCCACCACCGACCGUGCCCAACAGCGACGCAACUUUGAAGAGUUUGAAGAUAGCCACGAUGAAAAGGUGAUGGAAAACAGAGCACGUCUUAUGCAGCGCCAGGCUAUCAUCGGGAGCACGCUCACCAAUGGCCGCGUUGACGAAUGA